UCGAACGUGAUAAUCAUGAAAUUGAGAUGGUUUUGUUUUUGCCUAUUGAAUCCCGGGAGAGAGAUUUUGAGACUCAGGCAAUUUUUGAAAGAGACAGUUUUUAUUCUGUCGGUGGUAAGGUAGUACCUGGUCAUUAUGAAGGCAAUGUACGUCCGAAGAUGACCAUUGCAGUUUCAACCAGUGUAGCUAUUCUUAACAAAGUUUCUAAUUCAAAUAAAUGCCCACUGAAGAUUUCUUUAACAGGAAUUCCUCAGGAGUUACCUCGAAUAGUAGGGACUGAUGGUGACGCUGUUGUUAAU